GUGACCCUGUGACGUCAGCGGGUUCUUACGGCGCAUGGAAUUUAGACACUGCCCUGUGUUAAGGGGCGGGGCAUAGGUGCUGUAUGUUUAUCAGUCAUCAUGGGGUACCACUGGCCGAGCUGCUGGGAUGAUUGACGCUCUGCAGCACAGAUACUAGCUGCUGUCAUGUCGUCCGGGUGAACCGCACGGCCUUCACGCUCCAUGACCGCCUGUAGGCCGUGUGUACAUGAUACCCUGGUACUACCGCAGCAGCUGACAUGCCUCCUCCCGCUACCGGGCUGUUCGUGGACCCGGAGUUCCCCGCUUGUGUCUCCUCGCUGGUGGGUCGUGGUGACACCCCGCUGUCUCCAUUAUGUGACCGCAUUACAUGGCUGAGACCUCAGGAGAUUUGUGCUUCUCCCCAUCUCUUCCCAGAGAACAGGAGAGCUGCUUUGGGAAAACAAGGCAUUCUGGGAGAUUGCUGGUUUAUCUGUGCCUGCUCUGCCCUGCAAAAAUCUCACGCCCUUCUGCGGCAGGUUUUUCCUGCUGAUCAGUCCACCUGGGAGGAUCAAGGUUACACUGGGCGCUUUACUUGCCGGUUUUGGAGAUUUGGUCGGUGGGUGGAGGUGACCAUUGAUGAUCGUUUGCCUUGCCUUGGGCGCAAACUCUGCUUCUCUCAUUGCCAGGAUCAAGGAGCUUUUUGGCUUCCGCUAUUAGAAAAGGCAUAUGCUAAGUUACAUGGUUGCUAUGAGGCGCUGUGGGCUGGCCAGGUUGUCGAUGCUUUGGUAGAUAUAACUGGCGGUUUGGUAGAAAGAUGGACAUUUGACUUUGCAGAAGAAGGUUUCGGAGAAGCAAUGCUCAGCAGGAUGCUGGAUUUGAAGGAGACAUGUGCAAUGAGUUGCUCUGUGCUCCGCAGCAGAGAAGGGACUGGAGAUUUGGCCCAGUUUCAUGCCUUCACAAUCACAGAUAUACAGCAUGGAUUUACAAAGGAUGGACAGUCCUUGCUGUUGCUCCGUGUACACAAUCCUUGGGGCAGAAGCUGCUGGAAAGGAUCCUGGGGUGAAAGUGGUGACAAUUGGGCUUUGAUGGACGAGACAGAAAGUUCUCGAUUUUUAGCUCAACUUCAGGAUGGAGAAUUUUGGGUGGAAAAGGAAGAAUUUCUCCGAGAAUUUAAUGAGGUUACAGUGGCGUUUCCUAUCAUUGAGAAAGAUCAAAUUCAAAGUAUCUGGACUGGUUCCCUUCUAUCUCAUACACAACUGAUUUAUGGUUCUUGGAUUAAGGGCCAAAAUGCAGGUGGAUCACGCAACAACACCAGCUUUCCUGAUAACCCAAAGUACUGGUUACGUGUACGGGAGCAAAGUGAGUUGUAUAUAACCAUUAUGCAGAGGCCAAGGGUUGAUACAGGAGCCUCCAACAACCUGCAAAGCUACAGACAGUUACACGGGGAACUCUCAAACAGUACAGCUCCAAUUGCUGUGGGACUGCAUAUCUGGAAGGUGGAAAAGCGUCGCUUUAACCUUCAGAAGACCAUUUUGACACCCCCUAUGGCUGGCACCUCCUCACAUUGUUAUGAUAGACAGCUGUAUCUGCGGUGUGAAUUAUCUCCAGGAUAUCAUCUUCUUAUCCCCAGCACAUUUCUCAGGGAGACAGAAGGGGACUUCUUACUGCGUGUGCUUUCCAGUGGACCCAUCACACUCAGUGAAAUACCCUUCAAUCGUCCUGUGGAGAGGGUAAGUGAAGAUGUGAUGCCUGGAAUAUGGGAAACACUGGAGCUUAGAGGACAAUGGAAGAAGAGUACCAGUGCAGGAGGCAGCAGGAACUUUCCCUCUUAUCAUCUCAACCCAGCCAUUCCAUUUUGUGUGCCCCGUAAUUCCCAUGUGGUAAAGGUGACACUUUGCCAGCAAAAUCAGCAGAAUCAGUGCCAUGCCAUUGGUUUUCAUGUGUAUUUAGUAUCAGCUGAUGGCAGCACCUCUCCAUUUUCACAAGAACCGUGUGCCAGCUGCAUUCCACAUAGUCACUCCUUGGAAGUGUCAAAAAUCUGUGAUCUUGCUCCUGGGCAGUAUAUUGUUGUGCCUUCCACUUACCUUCCUGACCAGGAGUGCAAAUUCUCAAUAUUGAUCUCCACCAAGACUGAACGGAAACCUAUAAAGUGCGAAGAGUACCUUGGUCAGAUCCUUAAAGAGGUUUCCGUUCUAUCAUUGAUGAAGUAAAGACAGGAAAAUCCAUUUGAGGAUCUUUUUCAUAAAAUAUGACCAAAAGAGUUCAAACUGUUUACAUACUUUCCUGCAACAUUUUUAUAAACUAACAGGGUUAUAAGCUGAUUACAUGCCAGGUUUGAC